GUACGAAGUAGAAGGCGAAUUUCGUCGACAUUCAGCGUUAUUUUUUGAUAUAUAUAUUUUGUUGGUAAAACAAGUAUUACAACAGCAAUAUUGAUCACUUUCUUAAACAAAGCUCUAGCACAGAAACAGAACAGAAAGAAGCCUUAAGAUGUCCCAAGCUUUACCUACGCCCAAUACGCUCCUACCUUUGGAACUUGUCGACAAAUGUAUUGGCUCACGCAUUCAUAUUAUCAUGAAAAACGACAAAGAAAUGGUCGGAACUCUCCAAGGAUUCGACGAUUUCGUAAACAUGUUGCUCGAUGACGUCACAGAAUAUGAAUCAACGCCAGAAGGAAGAAAAAUAACAAAACUCGACCAGAUACUUUUGAAUGGGAACAACAUUGCAAUGUUGGUACCUGGUGGUGAAAUGCCAGGAGAAUCUUAUGAAGGGCAAUAGCAAGUACUUUUUCUUUUAGGUUAAUAAAUUUAUUUGUACAAA